CAGGAGCCCUGCGCCUUUAAGGGGCGGGGUCGCGCCCGCUGUGGCGGAAGCGGAUUGGCUGGGAGGAGUCCCCGGAAGUGAUGCGUGGGGAGGCCCACGUGUGCGAUUCUACCCCACAUGGCGGUGCUUCUGAAGAGGCUGCUGCAUCCGGGAAGGCCACUGGCGGCCUUAGGCCGCCCCGUAGGACGGCGUGAGGCCAGCCUGGGCAUUGAUCCUGGGGCUGCGGUGCGAGUGCGCUUCGCCCCCAGCCCCACAGGCUUCUUGCACCUGGGCGGCCUCCGCACUGCCUUGUACAACUACAUCUUUGCCAAGAAGCACCAAGGGAGCUUCAUCUUGAGGCUGGAGGACACGGAUCAGACCCGCCUUGUGCCUGGGGCAGCAGAGAAUAUUGAGGACAUGCUGGAGUGGGCAGGCAUUCCCCCUGAUGAGAGCCCCCGCCGGGGAGGUCCUGCCGGGCCCUACCUGCAGUCUCAGCGACUUGAGCUGUACGCCCAGGCCACACAAGCUCUGCUGAAGGCCGGCGCUGCUUACCCCUGUUUCUGCUCACCACAGCGGCUGGAGCUGCUCAAGAGGGAGGCCCUGAGGAACCACCAGACGCCCCGGUAUGACAAUCGGUGCCGGAACCUGAGCCCAGGGCAGGUGGCCCAGAAGCUGGCCAAGGACCCCAAGCCUGCUAUCCGCUUCCGCCUGGACGAGGAGGCACCGGCCUUCCAGGACCUGGUAUACGGCUGGAGUCGGCAUGAUGUGGCCAGCGUGGAGGGGGACCCGGUCAUCCUGAAGAGCGAUGGCUUCCCCACGUACCACUUGGCCUGCGUGGUGGACGACCACCACAUGGGCAUCAGCCACGUGCUGCGGGGCUCGGAGUGGCUGGUCUCCACUUCCAAGCACCUGCUUCUCUACCGGGCCCUGGGCUGGCCACCGCCUCACUUCGCCCACCUGCCCCUGCUGCUUAACAAGGAUGGCAGCAAGCUGUCCAAGAGGCAAGGGGACAUCUUCCUGGAGCAUUUUGCUGCUGCCGGCUUCCUGCCGGAUGCCCUGCUUGACAUCAUCACCAACUGUGGCUCGGGGUUUGCAGAGAACCAGAUGGGCAGGACCUUGUCAGAGCUGAUAACACAGUUUGACCUGACCCGGAUCACCUGCCACUCAGCCCUGCUGGACCUGGAGAAGCUCCCAGAAUUCAACAGGCUGCACCUCCGCCGGCUGGUGAGCUGUGAGACCCAGCGGCGCCGGCUGGCGGGGAAGCUGCAGGCUCUCGUGGAGGAGGCAUUUGGGAGCCAGCUGCAGGACAGGGACGUCCUGGACCCAGCCUACGUGGAGAGGAUCAUCCUGCUGAGACAGGGCCACAUUUGCCGCCUGCAGGAUUUGGUUUCCCCAGCGCACUCCUACCUGUGGACUCGCCCUGCUGUGGGUCGAGCGCAGCUGGGUGCCAUCUCGGAGAAGGUGGAUGUGAUUGCCAAGCGCGUGCUGGGGCUUUUAGAAGGAACUGGUUCGAGCUUAACUCAAGACGUGCUGAAUGGAGAACUGAAGAAGCUGUCAGAAGGUCUGGAAGGCACCAAACACAGUAACGUGAUGAAACUCCUCCGAAUGGCCCUCAGUGGACAGCCGCAAGGACCCCCUGUAGCUGAGAUGAUGGUGUCCUUGGGACCAAAGGAGGUUCGGGAACGAAUACAGAAGGUGCUUUCCAGCUAGAGAGAUGUGCAGGACAAUGGAGGUGGCCCUUGGAACCUGUACGCUCAGAAACUGCCUUCAGAGGGGAGGAGGAGGAGGCCUGAGGCCCAUCAGGAAGCUUGUGGAAGGAACCCAGAGUGGAAACAGUCUCAAGGCGUGUCCAAGUGCAUUUAUGGCUCCACAGCAGGCCCAUCCUCGUCGGCUGGCCAGGGAAGCCCGGCUCCAUCUCACCUCGACUCUGGAAAGGAAGGCCUCAUAUCUGCUUCUGACACCACAUUACACAGCAGAGGUUAGGAGCUGGUUCACAGAAUAGUCCAGAGGACUUGUGUUUUAGUCUGCUUGGGCUGCCAUAACAAAAUACCACAGACCAGUGGCUUAAACAACAGAAAAUUAUUUUCUUAACGGUCUUGGAGGCUGGGAGUCCAAGAUAAGGUGUGGACAGGUUUCGUUUCUCCUGAGGUCUCUCUCCUUGGCUUACAGAUGGCGGCCUUCUUGCUGUGUCCUCACAUGGUCUCUCCUCUGUGCGUACCCUUCGUAUCUCUCCGUGGCACCCUUGUCCAAAUGUCCUCUUCUUAAAAGGACACCAGUCAGAUUCGAUUCGGGCCUGCCAUAAUGGUCUCAUUUUAACUUAAUCACCUCUUUAAAGGCCCCAUCUGCAAAUACAGUCACAUUCUGAGGUCCUGGGGGGUUAGGGCUUCAACAUGUGAGUUUUGAGGGGACACAGUUCAGCCCAUAACAGCUUGGCAGCCACCUGGACUCACAGAUCCCAGUUCUCAGGCCCAGUCUGGAUUUGGAGCAAUAAAGGAUGAUUGACACA